UUUCUGAGCACGGGGGACCAGUCCGCUAAGGGGAACUAUGGCUUGUUGGACCAGAUCCAGGCCCUGCGUUGGCUCAAUGAGAACAUUGGCCACUUUGGAGGAGACCCAGAGAGGAUCACCAUCUUUGGCUCUGGAGCUGGGGCAGCAUGUGUGAACCUUCUCAUCCUCUCCCACCACUCUGAGGGCCUCUUCCAGAGGGCCAUCGCGCAGAGUGGUUCGGCCAUCUCCAGCUGGUCGGUCAACUACCGACCUAUUAUGUACACUAAGAUCCUCGCAAAGAAGGUGGGCUGCACUCUCGGAGACAUGGCUGAGUUGGUGGACUGCCUGCGAAGGAAGAGUUUUCGGGAGCUAGUGGAUCAAGACAUCCAGCCUGCGCGCUACCACAUCGCCUUUGGGCCGGUGGUCGAUGGAGACGUCGUGCCAGACGACCCCGAGAUCCUCAUGCAGCAGGGCGAAUUUCUCAACUACGACUUACUGCUAGGUGUCAACCAGGGAGAGGGCCUGAAGUUUGUGGAUGACAGCGAAGGAGAAGACGGAAUAUCGGCUGCCUCCUUCGACUACACCAUCUCAAACUUUGUGGAUAAUCUGUAUGGAUACCCAGAUGGUAAAGAUAUCCUGAGAGAAACCAUCAAAUUCAUGUACACGGACUGGGCUGACAGAGACAACAGUGACAUGCGUAGAAAGACCCUCCUGGCCCUGUUCACCGACCACCAGUGGGUGGCCCCGGCUGUUGCCACUGCUAAGCUGCACGCUGAGUUCCAGUCUCCCGUCUACUUCUACACCUUCCACCACCACUGUCAGACCGAGGCGAGGCCAGAGUGGGCAGAUGCUGCCCAUGGAGAUGAGAUCCCCUAUGUGUUUGGGAUUCCCAUGGUGGGAGCCACUGACCUGUUCCCCUGUAACUUUUCCAAGAAUGAUGUAAUGCUCAGCGCUGUAGUGAUGACAUACUGGACCAACUUUGCAAAGACAGGGGACCCUAAUGAACCGGUUCCUCAGGACACCACAUUUAUCCACACCAAGCCUAACCGUUUCGAAGAGGUCAUCUGGACAAAAUUCAUGUCCAAAGACAAGCAGUACUUGCACAUUGGCCUCAAGCCUCGCGUCAGAGAUAACUACCGUGCCAACAAGGUGGCCUUUUGGCUGGAGCUCGUGCCGCACCUCUACAACUUGCACGAAGAAAUCAUCAGCUCCAUCACCACUCGCCUGCCGCCCGGCGGCACCAGCCGUCGGAAGCCUCUGCCCCCCGGCACCCGCUCCACCCGCCACCCGGUCAUCUCCACCUACCCCCCGGAUCCCGAGCCCGACGGUUCCGACCGGCCCAGCUACCCUCCCUUCCCCAGCAAGACGCGGGACUACUCCACCGAGCUGAGCGUGACGGUGGCCGUGGGCGCUUCGCUCCUCUUCCUCAACGUGCUGGCCUUCGCCGCCCUCUACUACAAGCGGGAUAAGAGGCACGAACUCAUGCAGAGGCGCCACCGGAGGCUCUCCCCGCAGCGCGGCACCACCAUGGGCAUGGGCAUGGGCGUGGGCAUGGGCGUGGUGGGCUCCCCGCCGCACAACGACCUGGCGCUCAGCCAGGAGGAGGAGCUCAUGUCCCUGCAGAUGAAGCAGCAGCGGGUGGAGCUGGAGCACGGGACGCCCCUCCCCUCCCGCGGCGUCCACGGCGACCUGGAACCCCUUCGGCCCUCCGUGUGUCCACCUGACUACACCCUGGCCCUGCGCCGGGCCCCGGAGGAUGUGCCACUCAUGACGGCCAAUACUAUAACCAUGAUCCCUAGCACCAUCAGCAGCAUCCAACCGCUCCAUCCCUUUAAUACUUACCCCCCGGUCCCCACUCCCUCUACCACCCCCGUCCCCAGCCACAGCAACAAUGCCCUGCCACACCAACACUCCACCACCCGUGUA